GUUUUUCAGUGUAGUGGCUUACCCAUUUUAAGCUUCAUCCUGCCAAUACCCAACCACACCCGCACAAACGUACAGCCGUUAAGAUUCCAUCUCCGAUGAACUCCAUCGCCUUGCAAGGCGUUAAAGCCUUCCAGCUUCGGCCGCACGUUCACGUUCGCCGCAGAAACACCAAGGUUUUCAAACCCAACCUCACAGACUUCUCAUGUCCUUCGCGACGAUUACACAUCCUCUGCCCAUGGAAAACCCCCGAUUUUGAGUUUUCAGUUUAUGCGCACGUCAUUCGAUGCUCGAUGCUGGAAGGUAGAGUCUUGGAGCUUGAGGAUGCAGCUUUAUUAGUUUCAACUUGUAUUACUCGGACAUUGCCUCCAGCUUUGACACUGGAGCAGGGGUUAGAGAAAAUUGAGGAAGCUAUUGCGGAAAUAAAGGAAAACCCUCCUUCUAGCGCUUUUGGGCUGUUAAGAUUUCAGGUUGCAGUGCCACCUAGUCUGAAGUCACUGAGCUGGUUUUGCUGUCAGCCGGAGACAUCUGCGGUGUUCCCAUUAUUUUUUCUUUCCAAGGACGGGGAUCAUCAAACAUAUAAAUCGCUUGCUUUGGGUAGAACCCAUGGUGUCUUUGGAAUUGGGUCUGCAAUCAUCUUUAAGGUUCAAUCUUCAUCCACUGCAGGAAGAUUGAGUGAAAUGGGCAGAUAUGUGUACAUUGAUCCAAAACAAAUAGUGGCUUAUGGAAUUUUUGGUACUGGUUCUGAUAAAAAGUCAUCAUCCAUGAAGCAUGAGGCUGGUUCAGGUUACUUUUUUAUACCCCAGAUUACUCUAGAUGAGGUUGAAGGUACUUCAGUCUUGGCAGUGCAACUGGCAUGGAAUAAUGCCUCUAUGUGCACCCUUGAAGAGGCUCUUCGAGCCUAUGAUGUCUGUCUUCUCCAGGCCAAACAAAGCUGUUUCAUUAAAUCAGGUGGAUGCAGCAGCAAAUACAUCAGCAGUACUCUUCGGAAAUUUAACAUAAUAGAGGACAAGAAUAUUGAAAUGGUAUGCAUCAGUCCACUUGAGCUGGUUAGAUAUUCUCUUGGACCAUGCAAUUUUGAACUGAAAGACACUUCCUGCGGUUCCCAACAGUUCUUCAUGAGGCUCUCACCCUCAUUAACUAUUGCAAAUGACAUGAGUCACUACAAUAAUCUAAAUGAAGUUGAGUACCUAAUGCAAAAAUGUGACAACAUUAAUUUCUUGUGGGCAUCUCUUAUAAUUGAAGAAUGCAGCCGACUUGGUUUAAUGUAUUUUUGUAUAGCUCCAGGAUCGAGGUCAUCUCCCCUAGCAAUUGCUGCAUCUACUCAUCCAACUGCAACAUGUAUUGCAUGCAUAGAUGAGCGCUCCCUUUCAUUUCAUGCUGUUGGUUAUGGCAAAGGUUCUCACAAACCAGCGGUUGUCAUAACAUCAUCUGGCACAGCAGUUUCAAAUCUUUAUCCUGCUAUUGUUGAGGCAAGUCAAGAAUUUGUCCCUCUUCUUGUACUUACAGCAGAUCGUCCUCCAGAGCUGCAAGAUGUUGGAGCAAACCAAGCCAUCAAUCAGGUCCCCCCAAAUAAUUUGAUGUCAAUCACUUUGGUCAAUUUGUAAGACACUUUUUUAGUUUCCCUACUCCAAGUGAUGAGAUUUCUGCAAGGAUGUUGCUUACUACAGUUGACUAUGCCGUUGAUAUUGCAACCUCUUUGCCAUGUGGUCCCGUCCAUAUCAAUUGCCCAUUUCGUGAACCACUAGAUAGUAGUCCAAAACCAUGGGAACGUAGUUGUUUAAGUGGGUUAAAUGUUUGGAUGUCAACGGCUAAACCAUUUACUCGCUACUUUAAAGUCCAACAUCCAUUUGAUUGCAGCUACGCUGACAACGAUAUGGCUGAGGUUUUGCAAGUGAUACAAAUGGCAAAAAAGGGCCUUUUAUUGUUUGGAUCUAUUCAUGGAGAAGAUGAUGUGUGGGCAGCUCUUCUACUAGCCAAACACCUUUCAUGGCCAGUUGUAGUUGACAUAUUGUCAGGUCUACGAUUGAGGAAGUAUAUUGAUCAUAUUCCUGAAAUUGACAAUGAAGUCUUGUUCAUUGAUCAUCUAGACCAUUUGCUCCUAUCAGAUUCAGUCAAAGAGUUCAUGCAAGCUGAUGUCAUAAUUCAGAUUGGAAGUCGUAUUACAAGUAAGCGCAUCUCAGAAAUGCUAGAGAGUUGCUUUCCAUGCUCAUAUAUUAUGGUUGACAAACACCCAAGUCGCCACGAUCCUAUGCAUAUUGUGACACAUAGAGUCCAAAAUAUUAUUCAUUUCACUAACUAUUUACUCAAAGCUUUUGUACCACGUUCUGCCAACCAAUGGAGACACUUUCUGCAAACACUGAGUACCACGGCUGGUUGGGAGAUAUCCUUGCAAAUCACUUCUGAGAUUUCUCUGACUGAACCUUAUGUUGCCAACACCAUUCUGGAUGUUAUUUGCUGUGGAUCUGCAAUCUUCUUUGGAAACAGCAUGCCGAUUCGGGAUGCUGACAUGUAUGCACGGAAUACACCACAAAGUCACCAUAAUUUGGCUAUCAAGUUGGGCUCAGGUUCAUGUCACUAUAUACAAGUUGGUUCCAAUAGAGGAGCUAGUGGUAUUGAUGGCGUGCUAAGCACUGCCAUUGGUUUUGCUGUUGGCUGCAACAAAAGAGUAAUUUCUGUACUUGGAGAUGUUUCCUUUCUGCAUGACACAAAUGGAUUGUCCUUGUUGAGAGAACAGAUUCCACGAAAACCAAUGACAAUACUGGUCAUAAACAACCAUGGUGGUGCAAUCUUCAGUUUUCUCCCUGUGGCAGCUAAGACCGAAAGAAACAUUUUAGACCAGUACUUUUACACAUGUCAUGAUGUUUCGGUGCAGAAUCUAUGUCUGGCACAUGGUGUGAAACAUGUGAAAGUAAGUACAAAGAUGGACUUAAGAGAUGCUUUAUUGACAUCUAAAUCACAACAUGUAGAUUGUGUCAUAGAAGUUAAUAGCUCCAUUGAGGACAAUGCACACUUUCAUAGUACUUUGAGAAAAUUUACAUGGCAAGCAAUGAAUCAUGCUAUGGACAGCCUUUCAAGGAUUUCAAUUCCAGAUUCUAUAUUUAAUGGCUCUGUGCUCUACGAAGUUGGUAAAAUGGAAUAUUCACUUUACAGAGUUCAGUUGUGUUCGCCUCCUACUUCAGCUUCAGCCAAUAACAAAUCUUCUGCCUUCUUCCGAGAAGGCUUUAUAAUAAGUUUGUCACUUACUGAUGGUAGCAUUGGCUUUGGCGAGGUUGCGCCUCUAGAGAUUCACAAAGAAAACCUGUUUGAUGUUGAAGAGCAACUUCUAUUCCUCACUCACGCCAUAGGCGGCGUAACAAUAAAACAGUUUCUUCCUUUGUUGAAGGGUUUAUUCUCUUCUUGGUUGUGGCGUUCUUUAGGAAUUCCGACAGGUUCAAUAUUUCCUAGCGUCCGAUGUGGCCUGGAAAUGGCUGUCCUCAAUGCUAUUGGAGCUAGUGAAGGUUCAAGCUUGUUGAAUAUAUUAUGUCCUCAAACAGUGGAGUUUCCUGGGAGGUCAUUAUUAGAUGUCAAAAUUUGUGCACUUCUUGACUCUAAUGCCCCCCCUGAAGAGAUCGCUAGUAUAGCAGCUGAUCUUGUUAAUGAGGGGUUUGCAGCUUUAAAGCUAAAGGUUGCACGACAUCAUGACCCCAAUUAUGAUGCAUUAGUUAUACAAGAGAUAAGAAAGAAAGUAGGUGAGGAAGUUGAAAUUCGGGCUGAUGCGAACAGGAACUGGUCCUAUGAAGAAGCCAUUCAAUUUGCCCAUUCUGUAAAGAAUUGUUGUCUGCAGUAUAUUGAGGAACCUGUUAAAAAUGAAGAUGAUAUUAUCAGGUUUUAUGAAGCAACUGGCUUACCUGUGGCACUUGAUGAAACCAUCAACACUGAUAGAGAAAAUCAGUUUGAAUUGCUCUCGAAGUACACACAUCCUGGGAUAGUUGCAUUUGUAAUCAAGCCAAGUGUAAUUGGUGGCUUUGAAAAUGCAGCAUUGGUUGCCCGAUGGGCUCAGCUGCUGGGGAAGAGUGCUGUUAUCAGUGCCACAUAUGAAACUUCAUUGGGUUUAUCAGCGUAUGUUCAAUUCUCAUAUUUUAUUGACCUUCAAAACCUAGAUAUACUCCGGAUAGCUAAUAAGGAAGUGAGGCCGUCAAUUGCCCAUGGCCUUGGAACUUACAAAUGGUUCAAGGAAGAUGCGAGCACACAGAAUUUAGUAACUCGCCGUAAUUCAACCAAUGGCUUUAUGGGGUCACCUAUUGCUGAUGCAGAUAGACUCCUGAAGGAGUUUCAGUUCAAUAAGAAUGCACUUGUUCGGGAUUUUGCUCAUGUUGAAGUUCAAACAUAUCAGCAGAAAAUUUAUCUAGACAGUGUCUCCAUCUCUAUUAAUGUCCAUGAGAUUGGGCCAAGUGAAAAUGAUAUUGUUCUAGUUUUUCUGCAUGGUUUCCUUGGAACUGGUGAAGAUUGGAUCCCAAUCAUGAAAGCCAUUUCGGGCUCUGCCAGAUGCAUCUCAAUUGACCUCCCGGGCCACGGAGCCUCACAUUUUGUAGAUUGGGUUGGUGAAAAUGCUAUGGCCGAAUCAACUUUUUCAAUUGAAGCCAUUGUCACAAUAUUGUGCGAUUUGUUUGACUAUUUACAUCUUAAGAAAGUGAUCCUUGUUGGGUACUCCAUGGGAGCCAGGAUUGCUUUAUACAUGUCACUAAGAUGCAGUGCAAUGAUUGAAGGAGCUGUCAUAGUCUCUGGAAGUCCCGGAUUGAAAGAUUUAGCUGAACGAGAAAUGCGUAGGGCUAAGGAUGACUUUACUGCAUCUUUCCUGGUUUCUUCAGGUCUGGAAUCUUUCCUGGACAUUUGGUAUGCUGGUGACCUCUGGAAUAGUUUAAGAUGUCAUCCACAUUUCAAGAAAAUAGUUUCCAACCGCUUGCGACAUGCUAAUCUGGAAACUCUUGCCAGGGUUCUAUCUGACUUGAGCAUUGGCAGGCAGCCAUCAUUGUGGGAUGACCUGAAGCGCUGCGAACUACCACUUGUGUUCAUUGUUGGAGAAAGAGAUGCUAAGUUCAAGGCCAUUGCCCAGAAGAUGCAUGACACAAUCACGGAUCAAAAUGGAAGUGGUGAGCAUUGGUCUGAAAUAGUUGAAAUUCCUUAUUGUGGGCAUGCUGCACAUCUUGAGAACCCUCUGCCUGUUAUCAGUGCAAUAAGCCGUUUUUUGAGAAAGUUGAAGAACUAAAAAAGAAACAGAUAAUUUUUUUCAGAAAGUUGAAGAGCUAAAAAAGAAACAAAUAAUUUCAACUUCGACCUACCCAAAUCGUUCACAGAUUCUGGUGGUACAAUACAGAGUAAUAUGCGAGUGAUUAGCUUCAUUAUGUUUUUGUUCAUAUUUUAAUUUAGUUUCAUUUUCAUUUGUCUUCUCACAGUAUUCAUGGAAACAUUUUAUUGCGACAUACUGAAAUGAGCAUGUGUUGCAUUAGAGAUGAACGUGAGAUUGUGAAAUAGUGAUGCUAUAUGUAUUUCUCUUUAUGGAUUGGAUACGUUAAGUUUCAUCUUUAAUGGAAGUAAGGAUGGCA